AUGAGCCAGCAUUUAAACAAUGCACGGCGAGUCGUGGCUCAACAUGGUUACAGGGACCCCUUCUGGGUUUCCAAGGAUUGGUACAUUUCCUCAGCUCGGUUUGAUAUCUCACUGUAUCUGUCUCCGUGGGUUGCCGAAGCUGUUCUGGCUACGAAAACGUCCAAAUUCGAGAUGGUUCCGGCAGUUGGAGGUUCGCCCAACGGGGGGCAGGGUGUGAAGGUCUCCAUCGUUGACAGUUGA